GGCUUCACCAAGGUGGUGGUGCGGGCGGCGCUGGCGGGCGGCGGGGCCGUGGCGCUGAAGUCGGUGCACGGGGCGGGCCGGGAGGUGCGGCAAUGCGAGCAGCGGUACGGGGAUCCCUCCGGCUGCCGCCGCCUGGCCGCGUACAAACUGCUGAAGGAGGUGACGCUGCUGCGACGCCUGCGGCAUCCCGGCAUCGUGCAGCUGCACGGGCAGUGCUACGACAGCGGCGGGGAGCGCGAAGCCGGGGUCACGGCCGUGCUGGAGCUGGGAGCCCCGCUGGAGAUGAUCCAGCUUCUGCAGACCCCCUGGGAGGAGAGAUUCAAAAUUUGCCUGGGUCUUGUGGAGCUGCUGUUUUACUUGGCACACUCCCCCCUGGGCUCAAUAGUCCUCUUGGACUUCCAGCCGAGGCAGUUUGUUAUGGUGGAUGGGAACCUUAAAGUGACAGACAUGGAUGAUGCCAGCACCGACGAGCUGUCAUGUGAGGAGGAUAAUGACUGCACACUUGACUUCCCCACAAGAAGCUUUCCUCUCCACUGCUCUUCAGCUGGGAAGUGUGAGGGAAUAAAUGAGAAGAGGAAUCUCUUCAAUGCAUAUCGGUAUUUUUUCACCUACCUUCUGCCACACUCUGCACCACCAGCUUUGCAGCCCUUUUUGAGUGAUAUUCUGAACGCAACAGGUAACUUACGAUAUGGAAUAAAUGAAACCCUGAGAGCUUUUGAAAAGGUUUUACAUCUGUACAAGUCUGGGCUCUAUCUACAGAAAAGACCUCUUCUUUUAAAAGACUACAUCUUCCUGAGGGGCUUCCGGACGGUGGAAGCAGAAGCCUACAAGUGCUGGCCUUCCUACAGCCACCUGGGCUGCCUGCUCUCUAUCCACAGCCCUGAGGAGGCUGCUGCCAUUUGUAGCUCCCAGCCACAGUGUCAGAGUUUCAUCAUCACCCAGCAGAGGACAUGGACAGGACGCCCACUCGCCUCAUUUCAGAGCAGCCCGACUGAUUUAAUACCGGAUGCUACUGCUGUAGUCUAUAUUAAACGAUCAGCUUCCUUAGGGAGAAGAGUUUAAAGACAAUGAGAUCACAUGAAAUGAUCCUGGGAGGAACAAGCCAUUGGGGAGAAGCUCAUCUCCUGAAAGGAAUGACAUGCUUUAUUUUGCUUGGGUUGUGAUCUCCCUGCCAGCUUAGAUUGAGUCAAAUGCUGCUGUCUCCUUGAUCAAAGCUCCAAUUUCUCAUUGCAGAAUGCUCCUUCCCCACAGCCCCGCUAGCUUGUUUAGCUGUUCCCACACUGCUGUUCUGCAUAAAUACUCUCCGUUUUAGUCAAAUGUGGCCAGGCUCUGCAAUACCUAGCCUUGCUGCUUCAGUAGUCAGCUUGUCAGCCAAGAAAUAGCAAUAGCUGCAGGGACCUGGCUGGAGUAAGCCCAGUUUGCUCAUCAGACUCCAGAUAAUUUACAAAUAAUGCACGCUGGAGAAUGCAGCGGCUCCUCCCGCAGCUGCCAACAAGGGUUUCACACCACUGCAGAUGGAAGGGCUUGGACCUCAGUGAGGGGGUGCAGGUUGAGGUCUGUAUCCAGAGGCUGAGGCUGGGGAUGGCCUUCUGAGGAGGGUCAUGGUUCAGCUCCUUUGGGUCAGAGAAGGGAUGCGGUGUGGAGGUCAGCUCUGGAACCCAGUGUCAGGAUGCUUGGAUGCAGGAUUUGGGUUUGACCUGGUGUGAUUUGCAAUGCCAGCUCCCAUGUAUCAACCUUGAAGGUUUUUCUGUUACUUUCCGUGAAAGAGCAAGACAUUCAAAUUAUUUAUGUAUGAAGUGUUACUCUGUAUGGUAAAGAAUGACUAUGUUUAUUCUAAGCACGCGGUGAAUAGUUUUUCUUUUGUAAUUGCUGAUGUUUUAAUGCAACCAAAUGCAAAUGUUUCCCACCUUCAGGUCUCCCAGUAUUGCUACCCACUCCUGAGGCCAACCUGUGAGUGCACACCUGCACACGCUGUGCUCCUCCCUGGGCCAUCUGCAAGCACGGCCCUUUUCUUUUCCAGCAUGUUCAGGAAAAGCCCAACUCUCUGCUGAGCUCACGCUGUUGCAGGGGAAGCUGUGCUGCAGCAUUCCUGCGAUGCAGAGUUCAGUUUUCCUCCCAGCCUACACCCAAGCUCUUGCCUGGGUUGUGCUGUGUUUGCUGUGAGCUGGUCCUGGGUUUCCUAAGGCAGGUGUUCACCAUUCAACUUAUUAGUACUUGCAGCAGCGGGGCCUUUCUCAUGCUGUGUAACCCCUGCUGCUCGCACUGCGGCUCAGGAACUCUGAUAGUGAUACCAGUUAGCAAGAAUUUCUAUUUGCAUGACAAGAAGGCUCUUCUUACUGUGAUUGUCAUAUUGCUGCCGGCUUUGCGAAGGCUUUUAAAAUGGGCUUGGUGGUAGACCCUGGAAAAGGUGGAGGGAUGGUCCUGCCAGGGAUCCUCUGUUGUUUUGCUUUCACCUCACUAAGCACGGCUUCGGAUAUCUGCUCUGUGUUGCAUCCACAGCUCUCUGGGCAGCAGUGCCAGGGCCUCACCAUACUCGAAGUGAAAAAUUUCCUACUCAUAUCUGAUCUAAAUCUCCCCUCUUUUAGUUUAUCACUACCUGCCCAUGUAAAAAGAUGGUCUACCCCCACGUGUCCUACCACUUGGCUGCUUCCACCUUCAUUCAUGUCUUCAGCAGUGUAAUGCCUAUGACUGUGCUGUAAUUUGUCCUUUGAUCCAGUAAAAUGAAUGGGUGGUAGAAAAGAUAAAUAUCCUCUGGUCAGGACUUGGAUACACAGUUGUGUCCAAUUGUGUGUUAUCACCCCACUGCAUCAACAGCUACAGCUGGACAUACAUGUGAAGAAACAUGGUCAGUGGAAAAAGUGGCUUCCAAGCUGCUUUUUCCCAGCUUAUUGCUGUUAUUUUCUGCUAUGAAACCCUUUCCAAGGGCAGUGCCAGUUUCAAUGCCCAUAAAACCCAUACUCUGCUGCCUCAAGCAGCUUUAAGCUUUCAAUUCCAGUGAAAAUUUCAUUGCAUGCCUAAAAUCUCUCUUUUAGUAACUACAAUACAUGCAAAAUGGAGAUAUAGGCAUUUGUUGCCCUUAAAACUCGCAGUUGCUGGAGUCAAUUUGUCUCUGCUAUCGCCGAUCACUAUUUCAGCUACCAUCAUGGAAUAUGUAACAGAGAAAAGUGCUUAGAAGGAAACAGCAGGGAAUCAAUUGCAAUGGAAACCAUGUGUGCUGGAGGAAUAAUAUUUACCUAAAUGUGUCUAUCACAUCUUCCCAAAGGAUGCUGCUCUUGGGAGAAAAUGGUUAUGAAAAUGUUGCCGCUACAGAUAAAAGGAAUAUCAUUUUUUGAAAACACAUACUUUAAUGUUCUUAAUUAAAUCCGUAUUGUAAUAACAGAUAUAAAGCCACAUCCACAAAGGAUAAUACCAUGUCCUCCAAAGAUAGAAGCCACAGUUUAAUAAAUAUCAACAGAUGCUGUA